ACCUGCGGGCGCCUUUCGGUUUUGCUGCUUUGGUGCCCUCCGCAGCAGGGGGAGGGCGGCGGGGCGAGCCAGUCUCCUUUCCACCUGCGAGGGGCGGGGAGAAGGGGGCUUUACCUGUCCCACUUCUCCCUCUGAGUCUGGCGGAGGGAAAAGUAGAGGGGGGGAAGAAAAGCAGAAUUACCAGUAGCUCUGGUUCUGCCGACCCGGGCGCUCGCUCUCCCUCGCGCGCGCACACACACCUGCACAGACUUGAAAGUCCAGUUUCACCAGAGAGACUGAGGCACCUGGAAAAGGGGAGAGAGUUCAUUGGAUCAAACAUGUCACAAGAGACGGACAAUAAAAACCGGCUUGUGACCAUUGUGCCAAGUGAUGCUCCGUUCAAUUCUAGAAGAGCCUAUACAAGUGAAGAUGAAGCCUGGAAGUCUUACUUGGAGAAUCCCUUAACAGCAGCCACUAAGGCUAUGAUGAGCAUAAAUGGUGAUGAGGACAGUGCUGCUGCUCUUGGAUUACUGUAUGAUUAUUAUAAGGUUCCAAGAGAUAAGAGACUGUUGCCUGUUAACAAAGUGAGUGACAGUCAAGAAGAUCAAGAAAAAAGAAGCUGUCUUGUCACCAGUGAAGCUCAGAGUAACCUGAACAGCAAUGGUGAAAAUAGAGUCCAGGUGUUGAAAACGGUCCCUGUGAAUCUCUCUUUGAAUCAGGAGCAACUGGAGACAUCCAAACGGGAGCAGUUCAGCACCAGCGUGUCCGGAAGCCCAACCUCUGUCUCUGUGACGGUGGUAAAAGCAGAAGACUACACCCCAGUUUACAUGGCUCCAUCAGUGCUUUAUACAAGAGGUGAAAAUGAAGAGCAUCGGGGGGUUAUAUUUGAGCAUGCACCGUAUGAAGUGCCCAGCAUCACACCCCACACGACUUACAUGAAAGAUGACCAACGCAGUACUCCCGAUAGUACUUACAGUGAUACCUUCAAAGAUGGCGGCGCAGAGAAAUUUCGCAGUGGCUCUGUGGGGCCUGAGGAAUAUAUCUAUGAACAAACAGCUAGCACAUUUCGAUAUACUUUGGAAGCUACCAAAUCUCUGCGUCAAAAGCAAGGAGAGGGACCAAUGACCUACUUAAACAAAGGGCAAUUUUAUGCCAUCACAUUGAGUGAGACUGGAGACAACAAGUGUUUCAGGCACCCAAUCAGCAAAGUCAGGAGUGUGGUCAUGGUUGUAUUCAGUGAAGAUAAAAACCGAGAUGAACAGCUGAAGCACUGGAAAUACUGGCAUUCCCGACAACACACAGCUAAGCAGAGGGUUCUUGACAUUGCUGAUUACAAAGAGAGCUUCAACACAAUUGGGAAUAUUGAAGAAAUUGCCUACAAUGCCGUGUCCUUUACUUGGGAUGUCAACGAAGAAGCAAAGAUUUUCAUCACUGUGAACUGCCUGAGCACAGACUUCUCUUCUCAAAAAGGAGUGAAGGGGCUUCCUUUGAUGAUCCAAAUCGACACAUACAGCUACAACAACCGCAGUAACAAGCCCAUCCAUCGUGCCUUCUGCCAGAUCAAAGUUUUCUGUGACAAGGGCGCAGAGAGGAAGAUUCGGGAUGAAGAGAGGAAGCAAAACAGGAAGAAAGUGAAAGGCCAGCUAUCGCAGCCUCCAUGUAACAAUGCGGAAGGGAAACUGACUGCUGUCCCCCUCCAGAAGAAGAGUGACAUCACCUACUUCAAAACCAUGACUGACCUGGACUCCCAGCCUGUUCUUUUCAUACCUGAUGUUCACUUCGGGAAUCUCCAAAGGACUGGACAGAUUUACUACAAUACAGACGAUGAGCGAGAAGGAGGCCUCUUGGCAAAAAGGAUAUUCCGGCCAGUUGAGGAGGAGUUUGGCCCACCACCACUGAAGCAAAUAAAAGAAGAAGGAGCCAAAAGAGUGCUGCUAUACGUGAGAAAAGAAUCCGAUGAAGUGUUUGAUGCUUUGAUGUUAAAGUGCCCCACUGUAAAAGGACUCAUGGAAGCGAUUUCUGAGAAGUACGGCCUGCCAGCUGAGAAGAUUACAAAGCUUUACAAGAAGAGUAAAAAAGGGAUCUUGGUAAACAUGGAUGAUAACAUAAUUGAACAUUAUUCCAAUGAAGACACUUUCAUCCUGAACAUAGAGAGUGUGGCAGAAGGCUUCAAGGUCACAUUGACAGAGAUCUAAUCCUGUGUAGCAUCUUACUGUUUUAAAAAGGAAGGGAACAGUUCCUCUACAGCCCUGAUCGCUCCCUAAGGCUGAGAAAAGAGGGUGUUCUAGGACUUCAUGGCAAAGAACCGUAUUUCUUGUUGCUCCAGGAAACAAGUCUGACACACCUUCUUGUUAAUCUUAUUUAUUGCUCCUCACUCUGCAUUGUGUAAAUAAUCAGCGGACCUUGGACUUCACCAACUCAUCCUCUACUAGGGUGAACAGUGACUUUUUAAAACAAAAUCAGCUGUUCGUUAUGGAAGAAAACGAAUUGGAGGAAACGUGUUCAUCCACCUGGGACCAUGCAAGCACAAUUGCACCAUCCAAAAUAAAUUGCUAGAGAGUCUGGUAAUGCAAUUCAUGCAGAGGUAAUGAUGGGGAAAGUGGCUGAUGACAUUCACUUGUGCAAAACUUCCACCAGGUGUUGAAUGUGGCGUGUAGCUUAGCCUCGUAGAUCCCCCAGAACUUCCCUGCCCAGGGCAAUGGGGACUGUUAAGUAAGGCGUUCAGAUGUCAUGCAAUUUGUAAGUAAAACACUAUCCGUUUUAACCUUUUGUAUAUAAUGUUUAUAAUAUGUAAUAAUAUAUUCUUCCUGUCUGUGUGGAUGUGUUUACUGCCCCUCUGUUGCAUGCUGGAAUGAGAAGAUCGCUGUCCAGUGUGCAGAGAAGUUGUUUCUGUACCUUUCGCCCAUGGCUUAUCCAUCUAUACUAUACUGUUAUUUCUCUCAUUGUUACACUGGAUACAUCCUCCACAAGUGUGGAGAAGCCGUGGGAUUCUUGGGUUGCACUUGAGCUCCCAUUCUCUAUGCAAUGAUUCUUCGUGGACUUCUCAUUUGCCGUUAUUUACCUUCAUUCUUUCUUUGCAUUCGUGAAUUUUCACCGUUCUUUCCUGUAUCACCGUUGGACAGAGUGUGUCUUUUAGUGUGCACAGAGUCACACAGUGUUGUUUAGUGUGUCUUAGGUGUGUGCACAGAGAUACGAGGAAGAGCUCAGUGGUAAAGCCUCUUCUUUGUGAGCCGGAGGUCCCAAGAUCAGUUCUGUCUUGUUGAUCUUGGUGGGUGUCUGGUUUGCCUGACUAUGAAGCACCUUCAGGUGUUCAUGGGCUCCCCUGCCAUGCCUGCUUCUGCUUCUGACAUUAGGUUUUCAGAAGAGGCUCCCUUUUCAAUUUGCCAUGAUUUUGGUCCCUUUUUCAAGCCAGAGCCAAAACUGGAUUAAGCUGAAUAAUAUUUUUCUGGUUGCAGUGAGGUCUAAAAUGUAUAUCGAGAUUUCGGUCAGACCAGAUUUGAAAUUUGCACAGGACAUCUGCUUUGGUAUUUCCUCAAUUGUCUUAAUUAAAGCAAGCAACUAAUCACUCAGAUCCAUUUGUACAAUAUGCAGAUUUCCUUGUUUCAGGCACAGUAUCUGCAAGGCAUGAAAGUGAUCUGGGUUAAUUGUGCCAGGAAAGUAACUGCAUGUGACAGAAUGGGAAUUUGACAGAGGUUGCAUGGGAAAAUAGCUUUUUCUCAAUAGUACUUCUGUAGGGAGCUACAUGCCAAAGUCCUGGGAGGCCAGAUUGGCGUUGACAAUUUUUGCGCACUUGUAAAUGCUUUGAUUACACCCAGAUAAGGUGAUUCAACUUGACCUCCCCCCUCUAUUUGUUUCCUUCGCUGCUACAACCUUUCUGUGUCUUCUACCUGUCCUCACUUUGCUGCACAUCUUGAUUUUUUGCUUUCUGAGAUGUGCAAGUUUCUGUAUCAAUACAUUUUUUUCAAGAAGUGCGGCAGGAAUGGAAGAAUCAUCUUGUUAUGAAUGGAUUUUCCUGUGUCCUUCAUUCAUUUAAGAAAACUUGGUAGUGUCUACUGAUUGGUUACGCUGGACUGUAAAUGUAAAACUGUACAUGCUCUUUACUUGACAGGUGUAAAUGUAUAUAAAUCUUGGCUAUAGAUGUUUGUAGUAUGAUUAUGUUAUUCAAGCUGUCUCAUCAGUAUCUAGCAGACAGGAGUCUUUUUAAUUGCACUUCCAUGGAUGGGGCUGCUGGUAUUUGCUACACUACAAGAAUAAAUGAAGUUUGCAAAGUCUGUACAGAUCAUAAUAGCAUUCCUGUAGUGUAGAGACUGCAGGUACUGGGUUGUCCAUCAGCUUCCUUGCAGGUUGAGCUGAGAAACUGAAAACAUCUUUUAUUUUUUAACUCAUUUUUAGCUCACUUGAACCUGAAUGUGAAAUGAAACUUGCAAAUUCUUUCUCAGAUUAAUUUCAAAGAGCUGCAACCUGUGUGUAGAAAUUCAGAAAAGGGAAAAUGAUGGAAAAGAACUUUUUUAAAAAAACAUGCAUAGCCUUAAGAAUAUCCUAAUAACACCAUUUGGGAGGAACAGUCAAAGCACAAAUAGGUGAGGUUUGGGUGGGUUGUAUGAAUUCUGAGACAGCCACAAAAUGGUGCUAUAAAUAUUUUUUAAAAGGGUCACGGAAUAUAAAUUACCUUGACCAAGUUUAGAAGCUACUGAUGCUCAAAUUUUUAUAGUGUAAGUGAACACACAUUUUUUCUGGCCAAUGAGACAGAAGAGAAGUUAUUGUAAGAGGAGAAUUUGCUUCAAGCCCCCCAAAAUUAUAUAAGGUUUCAUGGAGACAACUUCUUGGAGUUGUCUUUUUAGAUCAAGAACCCCAUACCCCAUAAAAAAGUUAUCCUAAAUAUGUAGUAUAUGCAAAAAGGAUAGGGACUCCUUUUAUGUAUGCAUAAAGUAUCCCUUGUGGUCAUAGAAGGGUGCUUUGCAUCUAAAGCUAGUCAUGUUCUGAUUUAACCCUAUAGAAACAGAGCUGGAAGGAACCUCAGGAGUCUGUAGAUGUUACAUUAGUGUUUCAGACACUCCAGAAACAGCUGUACAUUGCUAGCACAUAAGAACUAAGAGACCUUUGAGCUAGAACAAUUGUAAAGCUUGGCCUUCUUUUGAGCAUUUUCUUUCCUGUGUGCACAAUAUACAGAAGAAGGGGCAGGCAGCAUGGUAUAGCCCAGUCAUGUCAGAUGUUGGAAGCUAAGCAGGGUCAGUGCUUGGAAGGGAGACCACCAAGGAAGACUCUGCAGAGGGAGGCAAUGGCAAACCACCUCUGCUUCUCUCUUGCCUUGAAAGCCUCUUGCUGAGGUCACCAUAAGUCAGCUGUGACUUGACGGCAUUUUACAUACACAGAGAGAGUAUGCGGAUAAAUCAUAUGGGUUGCAUUCUUGCAGUAAUCUGAGAUGAAAUUUGGAUUGGGCACAAAUAUAAUUGGGUGUUGUGUUCUUCUUGCCCAUCCCUCCCACCACCCUCCUCCUUCGAGGCAUGUAGCAUGAUGCAAAACUGCCCCUUUUGAUCAAGCUGGGCAAUACUCUGUGACACUCUGAAUGUUAGCAGUGGAGAAGAAGGAGCAGGAGGGAAUCAAAUCCAGUUCUCCAGAUUAGAGUCCCCUACAUUUUACCACACUGGCAGGUGAAUAGAGCAAAGGGUGCAGGCGAGCACCACAGCAAACUUAUUGUGGGGGACAUUAACUGCAGCGUGUUGUGAAGUUUGAAUACAGCCGCAAUCUUCCCACUGAAUUUGAAACCCCCUUUUACCCCUUAGAUGGGCUUGAAAGAGCAGGAAUCUCUUCUUGGGCUUAGCAAUUUUCUUGCCUGUUAUUUUUGAGCACAAAACAUUUGCUAAUAAAUAGAAAUUGCUUUGAUGUGACCAUAUAAACUGUUCUUUGAUUUAUUGAGCUGUUUCCCCAACAUUUUUCCCUGUUUGUUUUUUGGGUUAUUCUUCAGAGUGCUCCAAGAAUAGCUCAAGAAUUGCAGCUCUGUUUUCUUAUUAAAAGGAAGCUACAAAACUGUUGUUAUGGAUUCAGCCAGGGUUAUGCCACAGUACAGGGAGUGAAGAGAGAUGUUGCAGCUUUUCGAAAGCGUGGAGCAUGAAAAAUGUUUGCAACUUCCUUCAACCCUGACCUUUCCCCCACCCACCCACCUGUCCAUGCAAUGUUUUAUCUGGAAAAUGAUGACAUGAUACAAACAAGAAUGUUUGUGCAAAAAAUAAUAAUCUGUGAGCAGUCCCCAUUUCUGGAAAGCAAGGAAGCUCUGUAAACAAUGUGUGUUAUUUUAUUAUAAGGAAAUAGUUCACAUAACUUAAUAGUUUUGUAAAUGGGAGAGGGGAAUCUAUAAACAUAUAAAUACAGGUUUAUUUUAUUUUUUGUACAUUUUUAAGAAGGAAAGAAAUAAAUGUUCAUAAGAUAUAA